AUGGUGCUCCGGCAGAGCAUCGGCCUGGAGGGCCAGAGCGCCCGUCUACGACACAUCUCUGGCCUCAGGACUCGCCAGACGGGGCUGCAAAACCUGGACGACUCCAUUACCAGCAAGCCGGUGGAGGAGGGAUCCAGCGAUGCCGCCUGGGACAGUGCCCAGCUGGUCAAGUUCCUGCAUGUGGCCUCCCCCUACGUCAUGCGGCAUCGGGGCAGGAUUUUCGUCAUCGUUGUGCCCGGCGAGGUGGCGUACGAGCCCCGGCAGCUGCAGCCCCUGCUGGAGGACCUGUUGCUCCUGCACGGCCUGGGCAUUCGCCUGGUGAUUGUGGUCGGGGGCAAGCCCUGGAUCGACGACCACCUGCGCGCAGCGGGGCGCGAGCCGCGCUUCGAGGGCGCGUACCGAGUGACCGACGCGGCCGCCAUGGCGGGCGCGCUGCACGCCUCGGCCGUCACCUACACGACCAUCGCGGGGCACAUGUCGCGGGCCCCGUUUGUGCCGAUGGUGCGUCGGCACGCGGCGCUGGCGCCUCACGGCGGCCCCGCCGUGCAGGUGGUCAACGGCAACUUCACGGUGGCGCGGCGCCGCGGCAUCGUGGACGGCGUGGACUUUGGGCUCAUGGGCCAGGUGCGCUACGUCAAGCGCGACGCGGUGGAGGUGCAGCUGGCGGCGGGGGCCAUCGUGGUGCUGACCAACAUCGGGGUCACCUCCUCCGGCGAGCUGCUCAACUGCAACGUGUACGACGUGGCCACCCACGCGGCGGUGGAGCUGGGCGCCGACAAGCUGCUGUGCCUGACGGGGCAGGACCUGCAGCUGGACCUGGACAGCUGGCAGCAGAUCGGGUUCCCGCGCGAGGUGGUGGCCGCGGCGGUGGCCUGCCGCAACGGCGUGCGCCGCGCGCACCUGGUGGACGCCGCCACCGAUGGCGCCAUGCUCAUCGAGCUCUACACCCGCGACGGGACGCGGGGGGUGACCAUGAUCGCGACCGACCUGUACGAGGGCAUCCGCCCUGCCGCCUGGCGCGAUGUGGACGGCAUCACCCGCCUGCUGACCCACCUGGAGGAGGUGGAGGGCUACCCGCUCUCCGGCUGGCUGCACGAGGUCUCGCAGCGCCUGCGCAGCAUCACCGUCCUGGAGCGCGAGGGGAAGGUCCUGGCCUGCGCCUGCGUGGCCGACCUGGGCGCCUCGCAGGACGGCGCGCGGCUGAUGGAGCUGGCGGCGCUGGUGGUGCACCCCGCCUACCGCUGCAAUGGCCUGGGCGACAGCCUGCUGGACUAUGUGGAGCAGGAUGCGCGGCGCGCGGGCUACGGCCGCUGCCUGCUGGUGCAGGUCGGCCGCGGCGGCUACGACUGGUUCAUGGAGCGCGGCUACGAACCUGCGGGCCUGGCUAAAACUUCCCCCCUGCUGCCCCGGGUGUGCGCAAACAGCCUGCCGCCCUUUGCCGCCCUCUACUCCAAGGAGUUUGUGGAGCUGGACGAGGCGGCCGACGUGCCGGCCGGGCAGCGCAUCGGCUUCUGA